AGCUUCAAGGAAGCUCUUGUCUACGGAGCUCAGAAGGGAAACGUGCAGAUAGCGCGCUUGCUUCUACAAGCUGGCGCCGAAAAGGACAUGCAGAGUCGCGCUGGCAGGACGGCCCUCAUGUACGCGGCUUUACACAACCACCCGGAAUUUGUACAGAUGUUGCUGGAGACCGGUGCCAACACAGACUUGCAGGAUUCAUUUGGCUGCACUGCCCUGCAGCUGGCUGCUGCUCAUGGACAUGCAGAUGUUGUACGCUUGCUGCUGGAAGCAG